AUGUCUGAUUAUGACAUUCAUGAAGAUAAAUAUAGUAAAUUUCAACAAAUCUGUAAUGACUGCACUAAUUUGUAUAUUUCGUUGUAUCAAUUAAAAACGAAAAAUGAAAAAGAAUUACACACGAUUUACGAAAAGAUCAAAACAAUUUUGAUUGACUCAAAGAAAUAUUCACCUAAAAACAUUAUAAUAGACAUUUUAGACAUCAUUCCAUAUAAUAACCGCUACAUAAAGUCAUACUUGGAACUUGCCAAACUCAUAUCUGAUGAUUAUCAUGUAAAUGAUUUCACUAAUAUUCCAUACAUAUCUAAUUUUCAGUCUUAUAAAGAAUAUGGAAAUACAAAAAUUCCAGAAAUUCUUAAAGAACACACAAUUUACAAAGCUAUAAUGAAUAACGAUCUAGAAAGGUUUAUUGCUCACACAGAAUGUGAAAGUUUUUUUGAAACACAAAUGCUUGAAUGCGAAUUAUAUCCUUGUUCUGAUAAAGGUUAUUCAUUACUUGAAUUAUGUUGUUAUCACGGAGCUGUUGAUUGUUUCAAGUUUUUAAGAACGAAAUUUAGCUCAAAAAUAACUCAAGCAUGUCUUGAGUUAUCAUUUUUAGGACAAAAUCAAGAGAUUAUGAGUGAAUGCUUGAAAUUUCAAAAACCAAAUGAUAAAUGUAUGGAGUACGCAAUUAUUUCACAUAACAUUGAUUUUGUUACAUUCUUAAUGAAUGAAUACAAUCUGAAGAUUGAUUUAGAAUACUGCGGAAAAUAUAAAAAUCUUGAAUCAUUUUUUGUUUUUUUCGAUCAAACUUAUAAUGCUAACAUUUGCUUAUAUUAUUCAAUUAACUAUAAUAUCCCUUUGCUUUCGGAAUAUUUUCUUCCAUUUUGUUCAAAAAUCAACAAAAAAUAUAAUACAAAUGAGCAAACAAUUCUUCAUAUUGCCACAGAAAAAAAUGAAUAUAUAGUUGAACACCUACUCUCAUAUGGAGCAACUGUCAAUAAAAAGGAUUUGCAUGGAAAAACAGCUCUUCAUAUUGCCACAGAUAAAAAUUAUUUUGAUAUAGCUAAACUUCUGAUUUCACAUGGUGCAAAUUCUAAUGAAAAAGAUGAUUUUAGACAAACAGAUCUUCACUAUGCAGCAAAAAAUAAAAGUAUAGAAAUUGUCGAAUACCUUCUUUCACAUGGUGCAACUGUCAAUGAAAAAGAUAAUGUUGGACAAACAGCUCUUCACUAUGCAGCACAAUGUCGCUAUGAAAGAAUAGCCGAACUUCUUCUUUCACAUGGUGCAAAUAUCAAUGAGAAAAAUGAUUUUGGACAAACAGCUCUCCACGUUGCAAUAAAAAAUACAGGUCAAGAAAUGGUCCAACUCCUUCUUUCACAUGGUGCAACUGUCAAUGAAAAAGAUAACGCUGGAAAAACAGUUUUCCAUUAUGCAGUAGAAUAUAACAUUAAAAGAGCAGCCGAACUUUUUCUUUCACAUGGUGCAACUGUCAAUGAAAAGGAUUUGCAUGGAAAAACAGCUCUUCAUAUUGCCACAGAUAAAAAUUAUUUUGAUAUAGCUAAACUUCUGAUUUCACAUGGUGCAAAUUCUAAUGAAAAAGAUGAUUUUAGACAAACAGAUCUUCACUAUGCAAUAAAAAAUAAGAGUAUAAAAUGGUCGAGCUCCUUCUUUCACAUGGUGCAACUGUCAAUGAAAAAGAUAACACUGGAAAAACAGUUCUCCACUAUGCAGUAG